AUGAAAAAGUUUCCACCAAGGUUUGGACAGCAGCAUCACGGUCAGCAGAUGGGUUCAGACUUAAGUGGGGUUCUACAGCAGAUACUUCAGGGUCAGCAAAGGCUGAAAGGUAUUCAAAAGAAUCAAGCCUCUUCCUCAUCUAGAACAGAAGGAACACUUCCUGUGAAACCUGAGCCAAACCCAAAGGAGUAUGACCAUGCCAUUACACUCAGAAGUGGUAAAGAGCUACCAGAGAGAGAACAAAGACCUGUGCUCAUUGAGGACAAUGUUCAACUUGGUGGGGAGGUGCCUCAAGGGAGUCUAGAUGAUGAAGCUGUAAAGAAUGAUAAAGGCAAAGGUGUGGCAAAGGAUAUGGUGCAUGAGAAACCAUAUGUGCCACCAGCACCUUGUCAGCCCAAAAUUCCAUUUCCAGGAAGGUUCAAGAAGCAACUCUUAGAUAAGGCUAGAGAACUACAAGGAAUAGUAGUCUUAACCCAUGAGUGUAGUGCAAUUAUUCAGAGAAGGAAAAUCCCUAGGAAGCUAUCUGAUCCAGGGAGCUUUACAUUGCCUUGCACUAUUGGUCCUAUUGAGUUUGCCAGCUGCCUAUGUGAUCUUGGAGCAUCAGUGAGCUUAAUGCCUUUCUCAAUUGCAAAGAAGUUGGUGUUCACAGUUUACAAGCCAGCAAGGAUAUCUUUGGUAAUUGCUGAUAGAUCAGUUAAGUUCCCCAUUGGACUCCUUGAAGAUCUACCUGUUAAUAUAGGAGACUUUGAAGUCCCAACUGACUUCAUUGUCUUGGAGAUGGAUGAAGAGCCUGUAGAUCCUCUCAUUUUGGGGAGACCUUUCCUUGCUACAGCAGGAGCUAUAAUUGAUGUGAGAGGAGGAAAGAUAGAUCUCCAUCUAGGGUCCUAUAGAUUUAUGUCAAUGAAGCCAUGA